AUGAUAGAUUCAGCCCUCUUGUACUUAGCCUGCAGUCUUCUUUAUAUAACCUCCGGAGGAAGGUGGUCAGUGGUGGUAGCAACAGGUACGUUCUUCCUUAUCCUUGCGACCGACAAGGAUGCCAGGGUCCAACCAAUCAAGGCGCCAACAAGUAAGCCUGUACAGCCAAAGCCAAAGAAGGAAUCUCCCAUUUACGCCAUAGAUUUCACUACGCCAUCGGCUGUUUCUUCGUCCCCAGUUGUUGCUGCACCCAAGCCCAUCAGAUCAAGAGCGAAAAGAUCUCCCAAAAUCAUCAGAGGUGGUAAACCACCUUCACCCACCAGCACGCCUCUCAUUCCUCAGCUCACAUCAUCUCCAGUCAAGUUGCUCCAGUCCCAGAUCUACAUUUUCUAUACCACAUUGACAGGAUCGUCACAUAGAGUCGCCAAGAACUUGUGUGACAAGUUAACUGCAUUACCAGACUUAGAAAGGAAGCCAAAGUUGUUGUCAUUGGACGAUGACCUAGAUGACUUGGAAGAGUACUUUAUGAGGACUCCUGAAUCCUCGGACUCGGACACAGUAAAGAACGUCUAUUUGCUUGUUUUACCAUCCUAUGAGCAAGAUUCUCCUAUCGAUUACUUCUUGGAGCACUUAACAGAUACAUACAACGACUUCAGAGUGGACAAGUACCCAUUGAAGGCAUUACUUGGGUUUGCUGUGUUGGGUCUAGGAGAUUCUGAGUCCUGGGGCGAGAGCGACAAGUUCUGUUACCAGGCCAAGUUGGCUGACAGAUGGCUCGGAAAGUUAGGUGGAAGAAGACUUUUCCCAAUGGGGAACAUUUGCAUGAAGUUUGAAGGUGAGCCUAAGGCCAAUGAGUGGAUCCAAGGGUUUGCUUCGUUGAUGAACGACGACGAACCAAUAUACAUGGAGGAAGCUGAAUUGGAUGACAGUGACGCCGAAAGCGAAAGCGGAUCCGAAGAAGAUGGAGAGACCUUGGUCGAUGUUGAAGAUAUGGGUAACAUAAUGGGAAAGCAGCAGCAGCAAUCAUCCACUUCCUCUGGAAAUUUCGUCAAGGAAAUGGUCGCUAAGGAUUCACCGACAUAUAAAUCUCUCACGAAGCAGGGUUACACUAUAGUAGGAUCGCACUCAGGGGUGAAGAUAUGUCGUUGGACCAAGAGUGCCUUGAGAGGCCGUGGUUCAUGCUAUAAGUUUGCCUUCUACGGGAUCAAGUCUCACUUAUGUAUGGAAACAACUCCAUCAUUAGCAUGUUCCAACAAAUGUGUGUUCUGUUGGAGACACGGGACUAACCCUGUAGCAAAGCUGAAUUGGAGAUGGGAAUUAGAUCCACCUGAAAAGGUUUUUGAGGGUGCUUUACAAGGACAUUACCAAAAGAUCAAACAAAUGAGAGGUGUACCAGGUAUUCAAUUGGACAGAUUCCAAGAAGCUUUCAAAGUCAGACAUUGUGCAUUGUCCUUAGUUGGGGAGCCAAUAUUUUACCCAUACAUCAAUGAAUUUGUGGGAAUGCUCCACAAUGACCAUAUCUCAUCAUUCCUUGUUUGUAAUGCUCAACAUCCUGAUCAAUUGGCGAAAUUGCACAAGGUGACUCAACUCUAUGUCAGUAUCGAUGCUCCUACGAAGACUGAUUUGAAAAAGGUUGAUAGACCAUUGAACAGUGAUUUCUGGGAGCGUCUCAUUUCCUGUUUGGACAUUUUAAGAACCACCCAGGCUCACCAGCGUACCGUUUUCAGAUUGACCUUGGUGAAGGGCUUUAAUAUGACCGAUGUAGAAAGCUACGCUGAUAUGGUUGAAAGAGCUCAACCCUCACAAAUUGAAAUCAAAGGUGCCACUUUCUGUGGUUCUUCCAAUGGUAAUGGAAACCCUUUAACCAUGCAAAAUAUCCCGUUCUACGAUGAAUGUAAAAUAUUCGUCGAAAGCCUUGCUGAAGAAUUACAAAGAAGAGGACAAGACUACGAGAUUGCUGCUGAACAUGCUCAUUCAUGCUGUAUAUUAAUGGCUCAUACUAAAUUUAAGAUUAACGAUAUAUGGCACACCCACAUUGACUAUCCUAAGUUUUUCGAAUUGUUGGAGAGUGGAGAAGAUUUUGUCGACUUAGACUAUGUUAAGCCAACCCCACUGUGGGCUGUCUGGGGCAGUUAUGAAGCUGGUUUCAACCCUGAAGAUACCAAAUUCGACAGAAAGGCUGAAAAGUUGAAAAACAAGAUCAAAAGAGAAGAGGAAAAGGAGAUUAAAGAGGUUUGUAUAUAA